GCCCGGGAACUAAGUCAGAGGAGCGGGAAUCUGGGAGUUUUCUGAUUCCGGACGUCCUCGGGACCGGCAAGAUGUGCUCCCUGGGGUUGUUCCCUCCUCCACCGCCUAGGGGACAAGUCACCCUAUACGAGCACAAUAACGAACUGGUGACAGGCAGUAGCUGUGAGAGUCCGCCUCCCGACUUCCGGGGCCAGUGGAUCAAUCUUCCUGUCCUAAACCUGACUAAGGAGCCCUUGAAGACCCCUGGAAGGCUGGACCAUGGCACAAGAACUGCCUUCAUCCACCACCGGGAGCAAGUGUGGAAGAGAUGCAUCAACAUUUGGCGUGAUGUAGGCCUUUUCGGGGUGCUGAAUGAAAUUGCAAAUUCAGAGGAGGAGGUGUUUGAGUGGGUGAAGACGGCAUCCAGCUGGGCCCUGGCACUCUGUCGAUGGGCCUCCUCCCUCCACGGGUCCCUGUUUCCCCAUCUGUCUCUUAGGAGCGAAGAUCUGAUUGCUGAAUUUGCUCAAGUCACAAAUUGGUCCAGCUGCUGCUUGCGGGUCUUUGCAUGGCACCCCCACACCAACAAGUUUGCCGUGGCUCUGCUGGAUGACUCAAUCCGCGUGUAUAAUGCCAACAGCACUAUAGUCCCCUCCCUGAAGCACCGGCUGCAGCGCAAUGUGGCAGCCCUGGCCUGGAAGCCCCUCAGUGCCUCUGUCUUGGCUGUGGCCUGCCAGAGCUGCAUUCUCAUCUGGACUCUGGACCCCAUGUCCUUGUCUACCCGACCCUCUUCUGGCUGUGCCCAGGUGCUCUCUCACCCUGGCCACACACCCGUUACCAGCUUGGCUUGGGCCCCUAGUGGGGGGCGGCUGCUCUCAGCUUCCCCUGUGGAUGCUGCCAUCCUGGUAUGGGAUGUCUCAACAGAGACCUGUGUUCCCCUUCCCUGGUUUCGGGGAGGUGGGGUUACGAACCUGCUCUGGUCCCCAGAUGGCAGCAAAGUCUUGGCUACCACUCCUUCAGCUGUCUUUCGAGUCUGGGAGGCCCAGAUGUGGACUUGCGAGCGGUGGCCUACCCUCUCGGGGCGAUGCCAGACUGGCUGCUGGAGCCCUAGUGGAAACCGCCUGCUGUUCACAGUGUUGGGGGAACCGCUUAUUUACUCCUUGUCAUUCCCAGAACGGUGUGGUGAGGGAAAGGGGUAUGUUGGAGGCGCCAAGUCUGCUACAAUAGUGGCAGAUCUGUCUGAGACCACCAUACAGACGCCACAUGGCGAGGAGAGACUUGGGGGAGAGGCCCACUCCAUGGUCUGGGACCCAAGCGGGGAGCGGCUGGCUGUGCUCAUGAAAGGCAAUCCUCGGGUCCAGAACGGGAAACCAGUCAUCCUCCUUUUUCGCACUCGAAACAGCCCAGUGUUUGAGCUACUUCCUUGUGGCAUUAUCCAGGGGGAGCUAGGAGCCCAGGCCCAGCUCAUCACUUUCCAUCCUUCCUUCAACAAAGGAGCUCUGCUCAGCGUGUGCUGGUCCACAGGCCGGAUCACCCACAUCCCUCUGUACUUCGUCAAUGCCCAGUUUCCACGCUUUAGCCCGGUGCUUGGCCGAGCCCAGGAGCCCCCUGCUGGGGGUGGAGGCGCUAUUCACGAUCUACCCCUGUUUACUGAGACAUCCCCAACCUCUGCCCCUUGGGACCCUCUCCCAGGGCCACCCCCUGCUCGGCCCCACUCCCCUCACUCCCACUUUCAGUAAUAAGAGUGUCCUUUCUUGUUUUCCACUUAAUUAUGAGACUCUGUCUUUUCCAGUGAGCUGCACUGGGAUACACUGAAGGAAAAAAAAGGCAUGGACUUCGGGUUUAGAUCUUGGCUCUUUCACUUUUUAGUCACUCCUUGUGAAUCAGGUCAUUAUUUACCCUUAAGAACUGGAUAGUUUUCAAAUGAUUUGAAAGCAAAACUGAGAAAAUACCUAGCACCAGCUCUGGCACGUAAUACAUGUUGCACUUUCCCCAAAUUUAAGUUCCCAGAAUAGUGCAGAGCAGUAAUAGAACAUUAUUUGGUCAGCAUGAGAUGGGAGUUUUAUUGGACUAGGGGAUUUGGGGCAGGCGUAGGUGCUGGGCGCUGGGCCAAGGUGGCACGGGCCAUGCU